AUGACUUACAAAAAUUAUAAAUUGGUAAACAUUUUCAUGUUGAUCUAUUUUUUCUUUGGAGUUGAAUCAUUUACUCCGGUAGGACGUAUAGCGCAUUCGUCAGUACUUGCUGAAAAUAAACUUUAUUUUUUUGGCGGUGUGAUAGAUGAUAAAGCGUGUUCAAACGAAGUAUUCUAUCUUGAUGUAUCGCAACCAUUUGUUACGGAGACACCGCCAUGGACUGACCUUACGUUAAAUUCAGGAAUACCACUCAAAAGUUGCUGGGGAACUGUUUCAUCAAACGAAGUACAGAAAACGAUAUAUUUAUUUGGUGGAUCCACAUAUAACUUAAUGAAGGAUGAAGACUCUUUUAUAUCCAACGUCUAUUCAUUUAAUUUAUAUUCCUCAUCAUGGAAUAUUCCUAACGUUAUAGGAAUUGCACCCGAAAGACGUAGAGCCAUAAAAAGUGUUAUCGAUAAUGCCGGAAAUAUGUAUAUCUUUGGAGGACGUACUUGCACAUGCUUGGGUGCGGAGACAACAAAAUUAUUUAACGAUAUGAUUACCUUGAAUACGGUUGAAUUAUCAGUGUCCAUUAAUACCCCAGUCAACGCUCCAAGUAAACGUCAUAGUUACACCGCAACACUUUUAUCCAAUGGUUUUAUUGCGUACAUUGGUGGUUUGGAAUUUGUUGAGUCCCGAGAAGUGGACAUUAAACAGGUUUAUCUCUAUGACACGAAAUCUUUAACCUGGUCAUUAAAAGUAUGUGUGACUUCAAGCACAAUCGAUAAUCGUAGCGGACAUGCAGCCAUAUUAACCCCAGAAGGAAAUGAAACAACAAAUAAAUCAGGAACAAAACCAACAAACGAACCAAUUAACAAAUUUAAUAAACGUCAAUUCACAAUGAAAAUUAUAAUAGCAACAGUUAGUGGAACUUUAGGUACUGUUAUAAUUGUUGCAUCCAUAAUAUUUAUUUACAGACGCAAGCGUAAGAGUAAUGAUAGACGUAAUAGUUAUGUUUCUCCUGAACCUGUUGAAUCUGGAUCUGGUGAUAAAGUUGUAUCUGAAGAACGUAAUCCACCUGGAGAAGCUUAUCAAAUUGGACAUUAUCAAAAUUAA